CAGCUACACGACGUUGUCGCGCUGUGUGAGUUGCGCGGCCGGGGCAUGCCGGCGAUUGUGAGGGAAGUGGAGGACACGGAGCUGUUCGACUGGGAGGAGGUGGCAAACGUUGCGGCGCAGCGGGAGCGCAUGAAGGAAUGCGUGUGCUGGAGGGCCCGACGAUCCCGAGGCCUGUGCUGGAGGGGCGUGUGUUGAAG